AACCCACUUUACCGACCCGAAGCUUUGCUAUCUUCCCUCUUUUUAGCUCAAUUAGGGUUUGAAAUCUCAGGUUAAGCUCAUAGCUGCUGUCACUCUCAGGCUCAAUUUCAGUUGUCAGGUAAAGAAUCAUGGUGGGAUUUAAGAAUAGGUAUAUGACAUUGGAGGUUAUCUUGGAUCCAAACAAAGAAAUUGCAAAGAAAGAUCCUGUUAUCAUUACCACAUAUAAUGUCACGAAAGCCAUCAAAGAUAGCAUUCUUGUGAACUUUGGGGAGUGUGGUCUGGCUUCUUCACUUGGAUCGUUACAAGUCAAGUAUGUCAAUAAAAUUACGAGGCUUUGUAUCAUAAGAUCUUCAAGGGAGGACCAUCAAAAAGUAUGGUCUGCAAUUACCAUGGUCAGGAGUAUCGCUGAUUGCCCGGUGAUUUUUACUAUGUUGGACUUAAGUGGAAGUAUCAGAGCUUGUAAAACAGCUGCCUUAAAGUGCGAUGAAUUAAAAUUUGAGCAGCACAAGCUUGUGGUUGGAUCCAAUCUUUCAGCUCAAGAUACUCAAGAAAUGCAGUCCAAUCUUGAAUUGAUCAAACGCUUGGAGCACUGAAAGGUUUACUGUAUAUUUGGUGACAUACAGUAUCAGAUGGCAAGUAUUCUGGCCUUCUUUUUCUUUUGCCUUUUUGCCCUUGGGUAAAUUGUCUGCUGGAAAAAGAAUUCACUCGUUGUAAACAUCUUGUAGGAAAUUGGUUACCUCACUAGCUCCUGGUUGUGGCACCAUUGGAUGGUUAAAAAAGCUUAGGCUCAGCGGUUAGAGUAUCGCUUUCAUACGGCGAGAAAUUUUUGGAAUUUACUUCCAAAUAGUUAUUUAAUCUUUGAAGAACAGAUGAGGAGGUAAAUUGCGUAGAGAAGAUAUUUGACCCGACUCUCUUCCAGAAUCCGGAUAGUAAUUUCGGAAUAUUUUCUUUCUGGGUUGUGUUAUUACCAAGUGGGGGAUAGUCGUGUACAAAGUGUAUUCCAUAUAAACUCAGUGGUUGACAUGCCAAGUAUCAACAUUCAAUUUGGCUAGCAACUAUUGACAAAGUCACAUAGAAAUCUUAUUUCUUGUUAAUCAAGCCAGGCUACUUGUUAAUAUCAGCUUUGUCCAACC